AUGUCUUGUCAGAUCAAGGGAAUUGCGAAUUUGAUCAAUACAAGCAACAUAAAGGAGGUACUUUUUGGUGAUUCUACUAGAAGAUCUCACAUCCAGCAGAAUGAGCUACCUCUUCAGGAUUGUUUUGUGUCGCUUUCAUCCACUGGAGAUGUACUUGCAAUGGCAUAUAAUACAAAGAUGAUCAUAUUAAUUUCAAGGUGGGAUUCUUUAGAGCCUGAUGAAACAAAAAACAAAUUUCAUAUGAUAUGGUAUGGGGAAGUUGCAAAAGAUCCAAAUGAGUGGAUAACAUGUCUGAUCUGUUUGCCUUUAUUAUCUUUGGGAAAAGCCAGUGGUGGUACUAAUCCAGAUUGGACAUGCAUUAUAGUUGGUUUCAAUACUGGUUUCAUCCGGUUUUAUACAGAAACAGGUGCAUUAUUGUUGGGAGAGCAGUUACACAAUGAAUCAGUCAUAGGAUUAAAGUGUCAAUCUUUUCGUUCACCUAAACAUGCCGGAGAUACUGGUUUAGCCGAAGAAGUACAUGUAAUUUACAAUAGUGCUGUGUGCGUGUUACAAGGUUUUCCUUUGUUUUCAACAUUACGAGCAUGUAGAAAUCAUUUGGCAAGAGUUAAAGCAAACUGCGAGGAUCUACCACCAAUUACAAAUUUAUCAUAUAAGAAGUGGGGCUGUAAAAAUCAGGAUAUUGUAAAUGACUCUGAAGUAAUUGGCACUACAUCUGUAAAUAGUUUUGAUCAUUUAAUGACAGCUUCAAUAUGUGGUGGAUAUAAUGCAUCUUACAGAUCAAGUGCCCCGCAACAUAAUUUAGUUAUCGCAACUGGUAAAAGGCCAUUUGUUGGCUUCCAUUAUGCGUUAGAAGGUGGUGCAGCCCCGGUGUUGUCUGAUGUUGCAAUAGCUAUGGCCAGCAAACUAGCAAAUGCUAUUGGAACUGCUGUUCCUUGGUUGCCGAUUAGUUGGGGAAACUCAAAGAAUCAUGCUUCACCGGAGGUACCAAAAACUAGUGCUCACGAACCAGUUGAGCCAAUGACAUGUAGAUUUGGGUUGAGUGAUGUUACGCGAGAGGGUUAUUCGGUAGUGUCUAGUCCAAACAAAAUGUUGUCGGUGGUAUCAGAUACGAUGGGUAGAGUAAUAUUAAUAGAUAAUAGACGUGGUAUAGCCAUAAGAAUGUGGAAAGGAUAUCGUAAUGCUCAAUGUGGAUGGAUCGAAGUAGAGGAACAAAGACACUCUGGAAUGCACAAAGCAGUUACCAAAUUUAAACAAACGUCGCAUUUGCGGUCCGCUUUAUUUUUAGUUAUUUAUGCUCCUAAGAAGGGUGUAAUAGAUAUAUGGGGUACUCAACAAGGUCCUAAAAUUACAACAUUCACUGCUAGUAAGCAUGGGCGAUUACUUUACGUUAAUUACGGACUUCUUGGCACGAAUGAUGCUACGCAUCUGUUAAAGAAUAAACCCCAGUAUUCAUGUGUUUUUAUGGAUCCGUUGGGAGGUUUAAAAGAAAUUAUUGUGCCAUUUCAUUUUGCCCUGAGUAGUAAGAAUGGGAAAAGAGCACGGGAUAUACAUCUAUUAAAAAAAUUGAAGACAUUCUUACGCGAAGAAGAUUUCGACCACGAAAAAUUAGUAUCAGAAAUCCAUAGUGUAUGUACAGAUCUGAAGACUAAUGAAAUAAAAGUACAAAUAAUAGAAAUGUUGAUGAUAAAUAAAAAUAUUAUACCUGAUGCUUUGCUCGCAGCCACAGAUUGUUUUAUUAAGAAACUGAAUGAACAGGACAAUGAAGAGAUGGAACCUACAGCAAAAACACUUUACUUAUUAACAACACAGUUACAGCAAGUGAUUAAAUUUUAUAAACACAUUCAGUCUCAGUCUGAUAGUCCAGGAAACCAUAGUCUUUCUAACGACAUUGAUCUAAAUAGUCGGGAAUUAGCUUUGAUUUUAUUAACUUCUGAAAGAGAAGUCCAUAGAAUUUAUAAAUUGUCUGAUACAAUAAAUAAUUUUAAAUCUACAAAUUCCAAGGGGGAAACUAAAGUGAAAUUUAAAGAAGAGGGAAAAAUUUUCUUAGAUUUCUUAUCCUGUUUUGAGUUUGGAACACCAGGAUUGAUAAAUAUAAGAAAAAGCGUGAAAACAGAUAAGAAACUUCAAGUCGCUCGAUUAAUGUUUGAAGGGUGUAUGCAUUCAAAUGAUAGAAUCGAAGCUUGGAAAGAAGCUGCUGCGAACAGUAACAUUCAGCCUUUUGUCUUGAUGGAGUUUGUCUUAAUUUACUGGCUCAACAAGAAAAGGGAGUUAUGCUUAGGAGUGGAAUUCAAACAAUUUACACAGCUGUUAAAUGUUAUUUGUUCAGUAGACAAUGUAGAAGAAAUAUGCGCCGAAAAUAACGAAAUAUCUUUAUGGUGGAAAAACGUUCGAACUAUCCUCUCGGAUUCUACGAAUCCAUUUAAUGCCCUUACUGCUGCUUUAGCAUGUAGAGCAGUUGCUACGUGUCUGGAAAAAUAUAAAGAAAAGUGUGGUAAUAAAACUCAAGAGAAUAUUGAUAAUGAAAAUAAGGGUAAUGGAAACGGGAAUGAUUCAGUAGAAAUAAAGGAAAUGAAAGAGCCUGUCCCUAAUGCGAAGUUAAACGAUGAAAUGUAUAAUUUAACAAGUGAAUGGGAAAAUGUUACCAAAGAUAGUUGCCAGUUUACAUUGCUUAUUGGAAAUCUUGAGGACAUUACAAUUUUAGACGCUAUCGUGAGUCAAAAGCUGCUUUCAGAUGCCACAACACAAUUUUUUCAAUUACCAUUUGUUAAAUUCGACAUUUCUUUGGGAUCAGUUCUUUUGAAAGGAAAAGGUUCUGUGUCAGAAAUUGUUGCGAAAUGGAUUGUCUCAACGGGUAUUGAUCCAGUUCAAUUAGUGGAUAUGACAGACAUUGAAUUUGAUCAAGCACAGUUAACAAAUAACUGUUUAGGAUUAACAAGUGCUACAGAUGAAACAUGUAAUACUGAUGCUUCACAGCACGAGGCAGAAAAACCUUCAUUAACUUCCGAUGAAAUUGGAAACGAAGUAAAAGACGAUACAACUGCCACUACAUGCAUUUUAGAACGUAUUACCUUGUUAAAACGUUAUUUUCCAUAUAGUCUGACAAGUAGUGUUUUAUUAGCUAAUGUGUGUUGGGAAUAUGCUAUGUCAUGGAAUAAAGACGUUUCACAGAUAAAAUCUCUAGAAAGUGCAUUAUCUGUUUUACGACAAAUACCGAUGAAGCACAUGAGGCAUGGCGUUUGUUGUUUGUUAUGGUCUGUUCAUAUAAAGAAGAGAAUGGAAACUGUUGCAAAACUGAUGAAUAAACUUGGAAAAUUACCGAAAGAGAGAUUGUGUAUACAGGAAAUUGGAUUGACCGAUACACAGACAGUUAUAUUUUUACAGAAUUGUGUUACAUUCUUAGAAAUAUUCAUUGAUUCGGAGGUCCUAGAGGCCGGAGAAAAUAGCGUAGUUAAAUCAGAAGAAUUAUGGGAAGGAUGCACUUCUGGACCACAACCAUUUGCUGCAUUAGCUAUUUCUCAAGCACCGGCUUGGUACGAUCUGCUAAUGUUGCAUGUACAAUUAGCCAAUGUUUUGUAUAUGAUGGCGCAUUUUAAUCUCAAAGUGAUAAAACCAUUGAACAAUUUAUUCGAAUCUGUGGUGCAGCCAUAUUUCUUUCAAACUAUAACAGAUAAAGUGAUGCUUACGUGGUAUAGAGAUGAUAAAAGAGACAAUGUAAGAACGACAUUUUUAUGCCGAAUAAUUGCCGCAUCAAUGGAUUAUAUUCACCGAGAAACCACCGAUGAUAAAAGGUUAAGUUCAACGGAAGCCAUUCAUUGGAUGAGCAGAUGUCAAAUACUAGCCUCUAUUUGGAAACUUAACAAUGAUGGAUUGAGGAUAUAUCAAGUUUGUCAAUUAUAUGUGAAUGGUUUUGAUCAGUUGGCAGAAGAGGUCGUUACAGCGGUAAAUGAUGUUGAAGCAUUAGCAAAGGAUCUGCUGCCAAUCGCCGGAAGAAGAAUGAUGGCCUAUCUUUCGCGAACACCUGAUCUUCUGCAAGAAGUUUCCCGUAUAAGUCCUGUGCUCACAAAAUAUUUAGAGAGUCUGUACGAACUAGAAGUGAUUUGUACAAAUUGUUCUAACGAUGAGACUAUCGAGUUGAUAAGGCGAGUCUCCAGGCACCUGCCGGAAACGCAUCCCGACUAUCAUCUUGUGCAGCAGAUGUUAGACGCGACGUUUAUCUACGAGGGUGCAACAUGAUGUUCAACGAACACUUUAAAUAAAAUUAGAUUAUAACGAGGAAUAUGUUCAAUAAAUCUGU